UCAAAAAAUUACACUAACAUGGGUCGAAGCAAAUCAAAGUUACCUUUGGAGUUAAUUCCGAACGAAAGUUCGCGUAAGGUUACUUUUCGAAAGAGAAGGAACGGAUUGUUGAAGAAGGCGGUUGAAUUACACACACUUUGUGAUGUGAAGGUGUGUACGAUCGUUUACGAGAAGAAAUCCAAGGGUAAAGUGAGCAGAGCAGCAACGUUCCCUGCGGAAUUUAAAGAUGUCAAGGAAAUAAUUGAUAUGUACAAAUCAAAUUCAUCAAAGGUCAAGAAGGUCCAAAGUUUGGGUGACUUCUAUGCCACGCGAACGGUUCAAGUGAAGGAGGAGUUUGGGAAGCUACGCAGCAAGAGCUGUGAAGAGAAGUAUCCUGCAUGGGAAGAUCGUCUCGAUGCGUUUUCAGUAGAACAAAUGCUCGACCUUUUGAAAAAUUUGGAGAACAAAAUUGUAGAUACUCACAAGAUGCAUGGCAUGAUGAAGGAAUCAAAGCAAAUUGUUGUGCAAGAGACAAUACCACCAAAGGAGGAAAUUGUCGUUAACAUUCAAAUUUUGUUGAAGGCCACGUUUAAAAGCAACCGAGAGUAUUCUCAGAUGCAAUCUGCAGGCACAUCCUGGGCUAAUAACAACAACAUUCAGUACAUUUGUUCUUCAGCUACUAUUUCCAACUCCAACAUCAGAACAUCUACGUGGGAUAUUCCUGCGCCAUAUGGAAAUAUGGAUGGGAACGCAACUUUCUGUAAUCCCAUGCAGCAGCAGCCAUGCAUGUACGACUCAAUAUUUUCAAGUGCUGCAUCUCAACAACAAGAGGCAGCAGUCGUUCCAAGUGUUGAAAACCCUAACCCUAUUGGCAUUGUUCCGUUGAGCGUUUCGUACGAUCAGCCAAUGCUUUCGCUAACCAUGCAGCCGAGUUAUCUGGAGUGUCCGAUUUCAGCAGUGCUUUUGCACAUGUUUUACGACAACGUAUUCUUCGACAACAUGGCGCAUUUCGAAUAA